AUGCCACCACCGCCGCCGCGUCUGCGUCUUUCGUCCCCUCUCAUCCGCUCAAUCACCCAAAACCUCACCCUCGCGCGUCUGCAACAGCAACACCGCGCCAUCGCAACAUCAAACAUACUCCAGAAAUCAAAGAUGCCUCCUCCGCCUCCGAACCCGCCUCUAUCAUACGCCACAUCCCCGCGCCUGAACCCGUAUCUGAUCCCUUACCAUCCCCUCAAUUCCUCUGGCACAGACCCGCGCGAGCUGGUCACGCACCGCCUGGCCGUCGGCGCCGCGGUGCUCAACCUCGCGUCCACCCCGCACAAAGUCCUCGUCCUGCAGCGGAGCGCGACGGAAAAGGCCCUCCCGCACCGAUGGGAACUCCCCGGCGGCGCCGCGGAGGCGGUCGACGGGAACCUCGUCGCGUCGGCCACGCGCGAAUUGUGGGAGGAGACGGGACUGCGCGCCAAGAGGGUGAGUGCUCUGGUGGGGAGUUAUAAGUGGUCCGGGUUCGGGGCGAGCGAUGACGCGCCGGUUGUCCCUGGGGACCAAGCUCUUGCGUUGCCGGGCGGCGGCGUCGGGAUCGCGAGUGGGCCGUCGGAUGCGGGUGUUAAAAUGGGUGGUGAGGACGGGGAUGGGAGGUCGCCUGCGGCUGCGAAGGGACGUGACGCGUGGAGGAAAUUUACGUACCUCGUUGAGGUAGAGACGGAUGGCGAGGGGGAGGCCGAAGUUAAGAUUGAUCCCGAGGAGCAUGACGCUUUCGUCUGGGCUACAGAAGAGGAAGUGCGUGCGGAUCAGACUGCGGAGGUGAGGUUUGAGUGGACUUCGGAGCAUCAAAAGCAGGAUAUUCUGAGGGCGUUUUCAAUGGCGAAGAAGUAG